UUUGAUGAAGGAAUGCUUCCGCAUGAACUGGAACAGAAAUAUAACAUCACGAAGUUACAGGUAUUCCUUUUAAAAUUUAUGCUGGAAGAGCGUAUUUUGAAGGUUGCCGAAGUAUUACGAAAUCGAAUAUCGAUUAUUCGGCAACAGGCUACUUCGUUGUCCGAUAGACAUGCCCUAAAGCGUCGAAGAACAAAUUUUGUUGGUUUGAAUUUGCUUAUGUGGCGGUUCUUCUGUGAUUGUCGUGAUCAAGGGAUCGUUCUGAAUGGUCGACAGUUAAAGGAGCAUGCGCUUAGCAUUGCAAGGCAGCUGGGCUUGCAUAAUUUCAAAGGGUCAGAAGGCUGGUUAGAUUCUUUCAAAAGACGUCAUAAUAUAGACUUAAAGACUAUGACUGGCCAACCAGUUAUUUAUGAAGCAGAGGCCGAUUUGAAUAGUUUUUGUAUUGGAGACAAUCCUACUUCAACAACAGGUGAAUUGGUCACAAGUUUCCUGUGCGAUCCACAUCAGUUUUUGGUUACACUGUUAAUGAUCUCGUCUGUUAAAUAUUUUCAGAUAUCACGUGCUAUUGAAACAAUUCGUUCUUACAUCACGAUGACUGACAUCACUUUGCUGCCGAUGUUGGUCAACCUACAGAAAGGAUUAACUGGUAUAGCUGCUAAGAAAAAGCUUAAGGAAAACCUACCAAGUGAUUCGAAUCAAAGUUCGGACUCAGCAGCUAAGCAACAAAGUUGUGCUGAAGAAAAGGUUGCUAUUUUAAGCAGUUGA